GGGUCCCCGGUACCUCCAGACUUACGUACAGACAUAGGUUUGCAUGAACAAUAACAUUCUGCAUAUUAUUACUUGUUUUGUGGGAAUGUGGAGGUUUUAGUGCAGGCCCAUGGGGGACAUGCCUUGUGCUGGGUGCAGUGGGAAGUAGUGGUGCUAUGGGGGCCAGGCAGUAUGGAGGAUGUCUGUCUGUUGUAGGAGACUUGGCAAUCACCUGUACUAUGGGUAGUCCCAUAAGCAUCAGAGUGCUGUGUAGGACGGGUGGCCUCAGAAGGAAAGAGGCGAGGCGUGUCUCUGUAAGUAUGGCCCAUUGUAAGACUCCAAGCCUCAUAGGCUGAUGCGCCUCUUAGCAGGUACUAGGGAAGGAGGAGGAGGAGGAGGAGGGUUUCAUAUCAGGGUACUCCUUGGCCUUGCACAAUGCACAGUGGCCUCCUGAAGGUGCACACGAGAUACUUAUAUAAUAGUUACGUUUAAUAAACAGUAAGAGAGAACUUAAGUAAUGAAUUCUUGGCCAGACACCUGCUACUACAUAGCUACUCUCUUUGAUGGUAGGGGGCAUGUGGCUUUAAAUGGACAGUGCAAUUGCAAUGCUUAGCUGUUAUUUGUACUGCAUAGAUCACUACUGUACCAAUACAUACUACAGGCAUCCCAAGUGUAUGAAUGGCUAUCGGUGCAGUAUACACACUAUUUCUGCUCCUGCAAUCAUCAUUUGGGAUUAGGAAUUACUAGUGUAUGAAUAGUUGUAGGUGUAGUAUAAACACUACUUCAUUUGCUGCCUCAGUAGUAGAACCACUUUGUAAGAGGAACAUGAAUAUACAAUGGGCAGAUGUUCAUGAGGAAACAUGGCACAAAAAGUUGCUGAAAGGUCGCUGCUCUUUAACUGGCAUUGAACCCAGGCACAUGUCUAAAUUUAGAGAAAUACUAUAAACUCAGGGCUUAGUAGUGUGCCCCGAAAGACGUGGUAUAUCAAGGGGUUACCUUCAUAAUAACUGUGAGUCACCCAGCCUAGUUGAAACGAUCUUGCCAAACACAUACCCAUAAACGCACCAUAAAAUGCCAGGCUGUUAAAGCGACAGUGUCAGAAAUGUUGUUUAGGUCAGCACAGUUAAAAGCGACAGCUGCAGUCCCCAGCAUGUUUACCCCCAAGUCUUGUUCCAUUUCACACACACACACUCUAUACAUGGGACGUGGGCACAAAAUGUGUGCCAGGAGCGAGUCGAGCUACAUUAACCCAUGGCACAGUGGUCAGAAAUGUCCCCGUCUUUAAUAAAAUAGUUGCAGGCCGUAUGCGUGUAAAUACGGUUAUUGGAAAGUAAUCUCACACUCAGGUCAGCCCCACUCACGGCUUAAGUUAAAAUGCAUUUUGAGCAGGGGGAGAACCUGGUUAGGGAGCAUCUCUAUACCUGACCCAUUCCUCCGACUUCUUAUAGGAGCAGAAACAGUUAAAAAGACAGCCUUGCUUGUGUAGAUGACUUCCUGGCUUCCUAUAGCAGUAAGAGUGUCUGUUGCUCAUGACAUAUAAAAUGAAACGCUAAGGCACUUCCUACCCGCGGCCCUUCAGUUUGUUCAAGAACUCUAGUACCCAGCAUCCUCACAGGAAGCUCAUCGACAGCUGGAGGGCCGCGGAUGGGAGAGCUGUCUGGCAGCAUACACCAGAUGACAGGCACAUCGUAUCGCUGUGUGUGCGUAGGACAGAGCCUUCUCCAGCAGACAUUUCAUGCCCCAUUGACGAGCCGAUGGCUUGUGUGUGCAUGUUCGAAGCCCAGGUAACAAGGUGUUAAAAGUUCCGAAUUCUUGAAUGUUGGGGGAAUAUGUUCAUUGCAGCAGGGCAUACCAUAAUGGGUUAACGCAGUCCCCUGAUCCCUUUGCCUGUGAUGCCAGCAGCCGCGGGGUUAAAGCGAGGGCAUUUCCUUCUCUGUCUCCGGCUCCUAUCAGCAAAGAGUUAAAGGGCCAGUCCCUGUGGGUUCUGCCUGUGCCCCUGUGUGCAGACUAGUUUGAGUGACGCGAUCAUCUCGCUCGCAUUAAGCGUCUCUGCCUGUUGCAGCUCAGCCUGAGAGUGGGAGCCGCGGACUGAGAAUCGCAACCCUGCCGGGAGCCCUGCUAUUUUCCUCGUCAUUUGUUUGCGAGCCCCCCAAGUCCUCCUCAUGCCUUGAUCAUCUCCAACUAGGGGGGAAACCCACUACCCCCCUCCUCUGCUCACACCCCUCUCCACCUCUGUGAUUUCUCAUCCCUCCCCUCUAAUCUGCAAAUUGGGGGAAGACAUGCUAGCGAUCUAUGUGUAUAUUUCAUGUGUCUAUUUUGUUGUUUUCUUGCCAACUUGCGAUCUGCAGCCUGCUCCUCACCCGGCCAAGCAUUCUGGGGUCGUUGCAUGAUCUCUACUAGAAGUGGAUCAGCUCAGAGAAUCUGUGGGGCCAGAAGAACUCUUCCAGCCCCCUCCCCAAAAAAGCAGAGCCCGAGCCUCGCACAGUCGCCAGCAGGAGCAGCAGGAGCAGCAGAAGCAGUAUGCCGAGGAGGAAGCAGCAAGCGCCUAGAAGGGCAGCAGCGUAUGUAUCAGAUGAACUGAAAGCAGCAGCACUUGUUGAUGAAGAUGUGGAAACAGAAGACACUUUGGUGGAUGGGGAACCUUCAGCAAAGUAUGCAUGUCCUGAAAAAGAAUUCACAAAGAACUCACCAAAUUACCAGCACUCUCCAGCUGCUGAAUUUUCCAGCCAUGAAAUGGACAGUGAUUCACAUGUCAGCGAGACCAGUGAUCGCAUGGCUGAUUUUGAAAGUUGCUCCAUCAAAAAUGAGGAGGAGAGCAAGGAAUCUCUGGCUCCUCUUGAGGAUUCUAAUGUCUCAGACAGCUUAGAACAGAUGAAAGCAGUGUACAAUAAUUUUCUUUCCAACUCUUACUGGUCAAACCUCAGCCUCAACCUUCACCAGUCAACCUCUGAAAAGAACAAUGCCAGUAGCAGCAGCAGCAGCAGCAGUAGCAGUAGUUGUGGCAGUGGAAGCUUUGAUUGGCAUCAAACAGCCAUGGCUAAAACUUUACAGCAAGUUUCUCAGAGCAGGCUUCUUCCUGAGCCGAGUCUUUUUAGCACUGUCCAACUGUACAGGCAGAGCAGUAAAUUGUAUGGCUCUAUUUUUACUGGUGCAAGUAAGUUUCGAUGUAAAGACUGUAGUGCUGCUUAUGAUACCUUAGUCGAGUUAACUGUUCACAUGAAUGAAACAGGACACUACAGAGAUGAUAACCAUGAAACUGACAACAAUAACCCUAAACGGUGGUCAAAACCACGGAAAAGAUCUUUACUUGAAAUGGAAGGAAAAGAAGAUGCUCAGAAAGUAUUGAAGUGUAUGUACUGUGGUCAUUCUUUUGAAUCUCUUCAGGACCUUAGUGUUCACAUGAUCAAAACAAAACACUACCAAAAAGUGCCUCUCAAAGAACCUGUUACGCCUGUAGCAGCCAAAAUUGUCCCAGCUUCUAGAAAAAAACUGUCAUUAGAGCUUGAUCUUCCAAGUUCACCUGACUCUACAGGGGGGACACCAAAAGCAACAAAUCCAGAUUCAAAUGAUGCUCUACAAAAGAAUUCAAACCCAUAUAUCACACCAAAUAAUAGAUACGGGCACCAGAAUGGUGCCAGCUAUGCCUGGCAUUUUGAAGCAAGGAAAUCCCAGAUUCUAAAGUGCAUGGAGUGUGGCAGCUCACAUGAUACUUUGCAGGAUCUUACAACACAUAUGAUGGUCACUGGGCAUUUCAUAAAAGUGACUAAUUCUGCUUUGAAAAAAGGGAAAUCAGUCCUAGAAUCACCAGUUACACCAACAUCAUUAAUUGAUGAAAAGGUACAGUCUGUGCCACUAGCCGCUACAACAUUUACACCUCCUGUAAAUAACAACUCAUGCCUAUCUCCAAAACUGAAUGUUGAAAUAAAAAAAGAAGUUGAUAAAGAUAAAGGAAUAACAGAUGAUAAAAUUAAAGAUAAAGAUAAGACAAAUGAGGAUGAGGAAAAGUUUGAUGUUUCCUCUAAGUACCAUUACUUAACUGAAAAUGAUUUAGAAGAGAGCCCCAAAGGGGGCUUGGAUAUCCUCAAAUCUUUAGAGAAUACAGUAACAUCUGCUAUCAAUAAAGCUCAAAAUGGCACCCCAAGCUGGGGUGGCUACCCCAGUAUCCAUGCUGCUUAUCAGCUUCCCAACAUGAUGAAGUUAUCAUUAGGUUCCUCAGGGAAAACUACAUCUUUAAAACCAAUGUAUGGGAGCAGUGAACUUAUGUCACCAACCAAAAAUCAGCCUAUAGUGUCCCCACCAAGCAGACAGACUUCCCCUGUGCCAAAAACUAACUUUCAUGCAAUGGAAGAGCUUGUUAAAAAAGUUACAGAGAAGGUUGCUAAGGUGGAAGAGAAAAUGAAAGACCCGGAAGGAAAGUUUUCUCCAAUUAAACGGGCGACACCAUCUCCCAGUGGCAGUGAAAUUAGUGAAUCACUAAAAGGUGACAUGUCUAAUGAAGUUACCUUUAAAAGCCAGCAAAAUAGCCCUGUUUCACAAAAGGACAGCUGCAAAGAAAGUCCUUCUGUAGAACCUGUUGAAAAUGGUAAGGAUCACGUAAAGUCAAUCAUUGGCAGCUUAAGUAGCAGCACGGCUAUAAUUACUGACCACCCACCUGAACAGCCAUUUGUUAACCCAUUAAGUGCAUUGCAGUCUGUUAUGAAUAUUCACCUUGGAAAGGCAGCAAAGCCGUCGCUACCUGCAUUGGACCCCAUGAGCAUGCUUUUUAAAAUGAGCAACAGUUUGGCAGAAAAGGCUGCAGUAGCAACCCCACCCGUUCAGGCCAAAAAAAUAGACCACUUAGACCGUUAUUUUUAUCAUGUCAACAAUGACCAACCCAUAGACUUGACAAAAGGGAAGAGUGACAAAAACUGUUCUUUGGCUUCAGCCCUUUUGUCAUCCACAUCAACAUCUUCUGCAUCUUCUUCAUCUACAGUGACAACAGCAAAGACAUCUGCAGUUGUGUCAUUCAUGUCAAACUCACCGCUGCGAGAGAAUGCCUUGUCAGAUAUAUCUGAUAUGCUGAAGAACCUGACAGAAAGCCACACAUCAAAAUCUUCUACGCCUACCAGUAUAUCUGAAAAAUCUGACAUUGAUGGUACUACAAUUGAAGAACCAGAGGAAAACACACCAGCUCAAAAAAGGAAGGGCCGUCAGUCCAAUUGGAACCCUCAACAUUUGCUUAUACUUCAGGCCCAGUUUGCAGCCAGUUUGCGUCAAACCUCAGAGGGAAAAUAUGUGAUGUCAGACUUGAGCCCUCAAGAAAGAAUGCACAUUUCAAGGUUUACAGGACUCUCAAUGACCACAAUUAGCCAUUGGCUAGCCAAUGUGAAAUACCAGCUACGAAGGACAGGUGGGACCAAGUUCCUUAAAAAUUUAGACACUGGACAUCCAGUUUUCUUUUGUAAUGACUGUGCUUCUCAAAUCAGGACUCCUUCUACAUAUAUCAGCCAUCUUGAGUCACAUUUAGGUUUUAGAAUAAGGGAUUUGUCUAAACUAUCCAGUGAACAGAUAAACAAUCAAAUAGCACAAUCUAAAUCCCCUUCUGAAAAAUUGGUGGCAUCUUCUCCCGAAGAGGAGAGUGGGACUUCGUACCAGUGUAAACUUUGCAACAGGACAUUUGCUAGCAAGCAUGCUGUGAAACUUCAUUUAAGUAAAACACACGGGAAAUCACCUGAGGAUCACCUUCUGUAUGUCACAGAGCUAGAGAAGCAGUAGUAUUUAAUUUUUUUUUUUUUUUUUUUGUUAAAAUGACUGAUAUUUGCUUUAAGGAAAACUGGCAAAAAAAAAAGCCUUAAAGCUACAGUUGGCACAUGUUCCUAUUUUAUCUCUGGAGAAUCACUCUGGGCUCUGAACUGUUUUGUAAAACUGUACAGUGUUUAAUAGAGGUGCGUUAAUCAACUGUUGUUCAUGGUAAAAUAUGAAGGUCAAAAGGCAGGGGGGAUAAGUGGAACUUUUUGAAACUUAUGUAAAUUGGAUUAGCUUUGUGCAUUCUCUGAUGUGCCAGGCUGCAUGUGUUAUCAGACAGUUUAACUAAGCAUUUAUAUCUAAAUCUAGUACACUAUUUUUCAUUUGACUUAUGUGUGCUGGUAUUUUUCAGCCUUUAACCUUUAGCCCUCUGAGUACUUUGGGACACUCAUGUUCAUUUGGUAAACUCUGUUUUUUAAAAAAACAAAAGUAAUAAAAUGUACCAGUUUAGCGCUCUGGGCCACGGCGCAGGCUGGAUUGAGUGGUUUUAUUACAUUUCAUCCUUUUUGCUUUCACUAGAGCUGGCAGUGCAUUGCAGAGCAAGGCAUUGCCUGGCCUCCUGGCAGCCAAAGGGUUAAAAUGGUGUAAAUAAUGUACAGACUUGCAUUAUGGAAAUCGUGGUUGAUGUUAAUGGAAUUUUCUCCUCCCCUUCGGCAUUUUUACUGGCGUUUUCGGUAUGAGAUGCAGUAUGCCCCUUACAUAAGCUGUGCCUAUGUAUAGUGUAAAUUUUAAUUUGUUCAUUUGAAACCUCUUCUGUGCCAUAAGAAACACUGUGUUUCUUGAUCCUCUGGCAUUGAGAAGGUUGUCUUUUUUUUUUUGUUUGUUUGUUAGUUUUUGUUUUUUUUUGGUUUUUUUUUACACCUUGAGCAUUGUAAAUUAUUCAAAGGAUACAACAAAUAGUCUUUAUAAAAUAUUCAAAAACUAUUAUUCUAAAACAAAACUAUACUUGUUUUACUAUACAUCUAUAUUGUUAGAAAGUUCAUGUUUAAAUUAUACAUAUUUAUUAGCAAUGUCAUACCAUUCCCCCCCCCUCCAAACAAUAAAGCCAGACACAAACCACAGCACUACACGCCUGGCAUUAAACAUCCCUGUUUUGCACAACAUGACUUUGAAAAGGUAUUUAUUAAGGUAAAAAAAGAAAUACUCAAACCAUUCUCAGUGCUCAAAGGGUUAAAACUAUACAGAGAGAAAAAAAAACUUGUACUGUAUUUGCCAAGACUUGCUAAUCCUUUAAAAAUGUUUGUACUAAAAUACUUUGCUUAAACAUUAAGAGGCAUUCUGUAAUAUAACCUCUUUUACUUAUUUAUAAGCACCCCGGGUUGUUAUUCUGUAUUGUAGAAUGCCUUUUUAUUUCAUUUUGUAAGUUUUCUGUUUUGUUCUGUCUAAUUAUUUUCCCAAGAUUCCAUACUGCAGCUUUAUCUUAAGGCAUAUGAAAGGUAACCCGUGGUUACCACGGCACUAAGUGAUUCUGUUCGUCUCCAUUUUUGGCAGUUAAUUUGCUGAAGUAACUGACAGCUGACACCAUACAAGAAAAUGUGUAUAAAAUAUUGGCAUGUAAACAGCACAGACACUGUAAUGCACUCUGUGUCCCUUUUUUGUUGUUGACAAUGAAGCACCAUUAUAUGAUUCUUCAUAUAACCUUUUUUUCUACAGCAGCAUUAAAAUUGUUUUUUUGCUAUAA